AUGUAUAGCUUAGAACUACUUUUAACUACGAUUCUUCAAAAAUACUUCUUAAAUCAAACAUAUUUAAUUACAAUUAAUUCACUGCCAGCAACAAGUACAAAUCUAAAUUAUGAUUUUGAUAAAAUACUUUUAAAUUCAUUGGAACUUGGCUGUGAUUCAUUUAUUAUUGAAAAGGCGAAUGUUUUUGAUUUUCUUGAAACUUUCAACUUUAAUGUACAACUUACAAUUCAGAAUAAACACAAGCGAAAAUUUAUUUUCAUAAUAAAUAAAAAUGACGAUAAUAUGUCGUUAAUAAAUACAGUUUUAACAUCGAAAACUUAUAAAAUAGUGACUCGAGAAAUGGACGAUCCAAAAUUAAUUUUGGUGGAUUAUUGGUUUAAGGAUAAUCAAUCAUUUUUAUUUAAUGCUAAUUUGUUUCCUUCAAAAGUAAAGAAUUUGUAUAAAAUGCCUUUAAAUGUAACUACAAUACCAACGUUCCCACCAUACUUAGUUAUUGAAAACCCCGUAGGAUGGGGUAAUAUAUUUAAAAAUGGUACAACUAACGGUGUCGUUGGUAAUGUUAUACAAAAUAAACAUAAUGUUGCGCUAGGUGGAAUGGUUUUGGAAGCCUACACAAGUAAAUUCCUUGAAUUUGCUUAUGGAAUAAUUAAUGUUCGUAGCAUAUGUCUUGUGCCUACACCUAGAAAACAGAACAAAUUUCUUCUUGUUACAUUUCCAUUUACUCUAUCAAUGUGGAUAGUUAUAUUCUGUACAAUGAUUACAUUAUCAAUAAUUCUCAGCUAUCUGAUUCAGAAAGAACAGUCGAUUAAUAGAAAACCAAGAAAACGUCCACUAUUAUGGAUUGUCCAACCACAAUCCACAUAUUUUAAACGUCAAAUUCUGUUUAAAACUCUGAAUGGGUUUGGUAAAGCAUCGUUUAUCAUCUAUUAUUUGACAAUUUUACAAUCAGUCUCAAAUAAAUUGCUAAUUUCAAAGUUUACGCAUCGCCUUAUCUUCGGAUUAAGUUUCAUUCAUGCAUUGGUAAUUAGUUCGGCAUACAUAAGUGGUUUAUCAGCAAUUUUAACAUUGCCUCAAUAUGAGAAGCCAAUACGAACGUUACAAGAUUUGAUUGAUAGUAAAAUGGAAUGGGGCACAAAUGCUUAUGGCUGGAUUUAUCCCUUAAUCGAUUCUAACCAUUCUGUAAUAACCGAGUUAAUACGAACAUUUAAAGUUUACGAUAAUGAAAAGUUAAGAAGCUUACCACCUCGAAAAUUCGCUCAUAUUGUGGACGAACUAAGUGAUGGUAGUUACAUCACACCGGAUUUUUUGUCAAAAACUGCAAUUGAAACACUUCAAUUAAUGGAUCAAGAAAUUUACAAUGCAAAUCCGCAUGCUUUAUUCCGUAAAAGUUCACCAUUUCUACUAGAAUACAAUAAAUUUUUACUAAGACUUGAACAAUCUGGUAUUGUUGCCCAAAUUAUUGAACAGGUAAAAAUGGCCGUGUUAGCUUAA